AUGAACGGCGGGGCUCUGCCGCCGCUGCCCCCCGCCGCAGCCCGCGGCCGCCGGCGGCCCGCCUCCCCCGAGCUGCUGCGCUGCAAGCGCCGCCUGGCCUUCGCCGCCCUGCCGGGCACCGGGGCGGCGGCGGCGGCCGCCGUGGCCCGUCGCAACGAGCGGGAGCGCAACCGCGUGCGGCUCGUCAACCUGGGCUUCGCCGCCCUCCGCCAGCACGUCCCCCACGGCGCCGCCAGCAAGAAGAUGAGCAAGGUGGAGACCCUCCGCUCCGCCGUCGAGUACAUCCGCGCCCUGCAGCGGCUCCUCGACGAGCACGACGCCGCCGCCUCUUUCCCCGACGGCCGCGGGCGGGUGCCCGUCGGGGAAGUUGGCGGCGGCGGCGGCUACUCCUCCGCUUCGCCCUCCUUCGCCUCCUCCGCGCCCGGCUCGCCGUGCUCCUCCGAGGAGAGCGGCUACGACGUGGCGCUGAGCCCCGAGGAGCGGGAGCUGCUGGACUUCACCAGCUGGCUGGGCAGCUACUGACACGGCGGGAGCCCGCAGCGCAUCGGCAGCCGCGGUCCCGGCGGCGGCGGCGGCAUUCCCCGAAGGUACUGACCUCCAGCCCGGCGUGGCCCCGCUGGCUGCUCUUCUCGCCGGGUUCAGCCGUCGUCUUCUGGCUGUGGAAAGUGCAGUGGGGUAGCUGACUGCGGGUGUCCCCUCCUUGCUCGGGGACAGCGGCUCCGCCUGCCCGCCGGAGUGCCGACCCACGGAGCGGAUGCCCGAGCGAAGCUGCUUUCCCCCGCCGCUGCUGUCUGGUGUUGCUUUGGAGGGGUGGAAAAGGAGAAAAAAAAAAGACAUUAGAAACACUUGAUACUUCCUUAUUUCUGUAGGGGGAGGGAAUUUUUUAUCAUGUCAG